CAGGUGAAAAGCCUGUUUAUUCCCUUUAAAUGGUGCCACAUUUAUAAGGAAAAUGCAUUUGUGAGUUGAGCAGCAGAGUUAAGUUUGUGGGAUGCACCCAAGAAAAACUUCACAAGGCUUCUCUGCAGUGUCAAACACCUUAUUCUGCUAUUGACUCUUGUUUUGAGCUUCUGGUACCCCAGGCGCUAACAACCAGGUGCCUGAUUUGCACCAGAUUAGCAGCAUAUGUGAGCAUGGACCCUGCUACAGUGGUCAGUUUUGUCUUCUCCAAGCAAGACAUCUUUGACUGAAAAUGCUAGGCCCCAUGUCAUGGGGCGAAUUCAACCUGGCAUGCUUCAAAACCAGGAUGCAUGCAUGAUGUGGAGGGAGCCCAAAUAUAAGGCUAAGUUACAUAUAAUGGGGCAUGUCAGAGAGGGGCUGGAAAGGGGGCCUCCCUCCAUGUUUUCUUUACCCUGUCAGCACUUAGGAACCAUAGGCAGUCUUCUACAGAGUUGCAGUCAGAGUUUGCAGGACAAUAUGGCCAACGGGUCUCUACCCAGAGAACUUGGAACAGACUGCAUACAGCCAAUCUCUGGUCUCAUAGGGCUGCCAGGAGGCCCUGACUGCUCUUCACAGUCAGGCCUGUUUGUGCUGGUGUCGGCAGCAUGUGCAUUAGAAGCUGAACAUGUGGAAGAAGACAGAGAGAACGCUAUGUUGACUUCUAGCGUCAAAAACCUCGAGACAGGCUUUUGUGUUUUUUACCAAAGUAUCUCUAUGUUCUGCUGUAAAAUGCAGCACAGGUUUCCUUUGAACACGAGUCAGGCGACAGACUUGUAGCCAUCAGUUUAGCUGUUCUCAUCAUCAGAAACCAUGUUGUCAUUUUGGCAGUAUGCUUAUUAUUAUAUUGAUGAUUGGCAAUCAUGGUGUCAGCCUGUACCUGUACAGUGUAUCAACAGCCAUUCACUGAAGCAUUUUAAUCUAAUCUCUCUCAGCCUUAUUCACUCAUGCAGCUCCAUUUCACACCUUUUACUUCAUUGUCUGCACUAAAAGCUCAUUGUGAUAAUCCUGGUGAGGUUCAUGGUAAAACAUGCUGUACCUGAGCCCAACAGAUUUAUGUCUGUGAAAAAUAAGACACACAAAAGGUUCAUGGCGUCUUAUAAACGUCAUGAAAGAAUCAUGACUUUAGACGGGUGAUUAAAAUUUUGAGUGACAGUGAUUAUUGUCUCUUAUGCAGAUCCUAUGCACAGUUCAAGGAUAAGGGAGCCAUUACAUUUAUGAUGGUCUUAUCUGUAUGAAACAACAGGGCCAAUAAAGCCACAAAAUACUCGCUGUCACAUGGGUUGUUUGUUAAAAGGUUUUUAAACUUUAACUACAGUAGAAACAAAACUUACUACAUAAGGUCCUCGGUCAACACUUUCUAUAAAACACUUACAUAAAUAUAAAGAAAGUACAUGCUUUCACAAAGAUCAUAAGUGCUCACUGAAGUCACCUAUGGGAGGUUUUGGGAGGUCAUGAAAUACAUAAUCAAAAGACCAGAGGAAGUAGAGACUUUCUUUACUUAAGUAGAAACACAGACACCGGUGUUAAAAACUCGUCCAGUAAAAGUUGCAGUAAUGAAGCAACUUUUUUUACUACCCAGUAUAAAACUACAUGGUAUUUUCAUGCAACAUUUGAAUAAGACAAAGUUUUGCAGGAUGUUUGCCAAUAUGAAAUCCAAUAAUGACAUCACAUGUAAGCUUUAAAUUAGCAGUUUAUCAAACAUCACUUUAAAUCUAACCUCUCUUCUUCCUCUCCUGUCCUGUCUUUAUCUUUCUCCUGAUCUCUGAGUGAAGUUAGCUCUCUUAAAGUGAUAGAAACACUAAAUAUAAAACUCAGUUCAUACUCGCUCCUCUUCUAUAGAGGUAGCUAUAGAAGACGGACACCUGCUCUCCUUCCGACCCACUUUAACCCCUGAGUAUAAACACUAUGGAUGAUACUGUUGAACCUAAAAUAACUAGCCUGCUUUGAAAAUGUAAGAAGCAGAAAGUAUGGAUAUUUGUGUAAAAAUGGAGGGAGUAAAAGUAAAGUUGCUAGAAAAAUAAAUACUCAAGUAAAAGUACAGAUACCUGAAAUUUCUACUUAAGUACAGCCAAUACAGCAAGUAUUUGUAAGUUUUUACUUUCCAAAAGACACAUUGGUUGAGGCUAUUCAGCCUACCAGAUUUGUGUGUGUGUGUGUGUGAAUGGACAAUUCCCCACUUCAAAAUGUCUAUCUACUACCACUAUAAACUAUAGUACUAUAUACUACAAACUAUAACAAACAAAUGUAACACUUACUGUAGUUCCAGUGCACACUUUGUACUAUAAUCAUAAUGUCUCUGGGUGUGUUCCUAAUAUUAGGAAUUUGUACAUGAACACCCUUAAAUAUCCUAGAUUUAGUCGUAGUUGAUUUCAAUGAAAGUUCUACACCGUGGUUAGUUUUCCAGUCAAAACAUCGUCUCUGUGGACAGAAAUGAUAGAAAUUGAUAUUUCACUAAUGUCUUUUCCAGAGUUCACAGAACUGGGCAGGGGAAGAAUAUUUGUGGAAAUUCUACCGUGGCUCAGUUCAAUAAAACCAUUGUUUUGGCUUCACAUACGUCUCUGUUGCAAUCACUGUUUUGACCAAAGACCACAGGCAGUAGCAUGCUGACUCAUGUUCAGAUCAUAGAGCGUUUCUGCAGUGUAUGCACUGUAAGAAGACAGAUUGUACUGCGCUGAAGUCGCUUUGAAAUUUGACUCUGAUGCUUCAAAUUCAAACCAGACAACACUGACAUGCACAGUGGUUCACAUGUCAGAUGUAGGCAUCAUGUGUACUGUUUAGUUUCACGUGAGAACAACAUGAUCAGUUUUGCAGCUUAACACAGUUGAUAAAAAAAGAACUUUAGCUGCUGAUUUACAGGAAGAUUGUAGAUGUUUAACAGGAGGUGUGCUGAAAGCUCAAAGGACAGAAUAAAUCCUUCAGAUUUCUGGCCGUCUGAAAGAUUCACACUCUUCACUUCUCAUUUUUCUCUCCACCCCUCAGCACCACAGAGGCAAGCCUUGAUUCAGUCCACACAGCUAAUUCAGCAGCCAAAGCCUGCAGCUCUGACCUCUGGUCAGCUAAACACUUUACCUUUAGAAAGCUGUGUUUUGUUUUGUUUUUUGGGGUUUUUUUGUCAGGUGGACUUUUCAUUUUGGGAGUUACCAUGGUUGACAGCUUGGACAUGGAGAAGCAAGAGAAGCGUUACUUUAUUCGACGCAAGCAUGCAGUCAUCAUCUGCAUAACAGUGGUGUUGUGCUGUUUGGCAGUGGGCCUCGGGGUGGGUCUCUCGCGAUCAAACAACACCACUCCUGCUGCCACCACCAUACCAGCCCCCACAGCGGGGCCUACCCAGCCCCCUUCACCUGGCAGAGGGCCCUGCCUGCCUUCCACUGACUCCAGUGGGGACUGGAGGAAUUUCCGUUUACCUGACUAUGUGAAUCCCGUCCACUACGAUCUGCACCUGGAGCCGAACCUAGAGGAUGACACCUACACAGGCACUGUUGAUAUCCAGCUGGAAGUAACCAAGUCCACCCGUCAUCUCUGGCUCCACAUCAGGGAGACAUUUGUCAGUACCUUGCCAAGGUUGAAGGUGCUGAGUAGCCAAGGAGGGCAGAGGGAAGUGGCAGUGAAAAGCUGCUUUGAAUACAAAGCUCAGCAGUAUGUGGUGGUGGAGGCCACAGAGGAGCUGCCUGUCCUGGACACAGGGGAGGUAUACACCCUCAGUCUAGACUUCCAGGGUUGGCUCAAUGGCUCUUUGGUGGGAUUCUACAGAGUUACCUACAUGGAGAAUGGAAUCACCAAAAAGAUUGCAGCUACGGAUCAUGAGCCAACGGAUGCCCGCAAGUCUUUUCCCUGUUUUGAUGAACCUAACAAGAAAGCCACCUACACCAUCUCAAUAACUCAUGAUGCUAAUUACAACGUACUGUCCAACAUGCCAGUAGAGGGCUCCCCUCAGCAACUACCAGGCAAUCAAAUUAAAACCACCUUUCAGAAGUCUGUUCCAAUGAGCACCUAUUUGGUAUGUUUUGCUGUGCACCAGUUUGCCUAUGUAGAGAGGACUUCAGCCAGAGGAAUUCCCUUGAAAAUCUGGGCCCAGCCAAGUCAGAUCAGCACAGCUUUGUACGCAGCAAAUGUAACCAAGCUCAUUUUUGACUAUUUUGAGGAAUAUUUCAACAUGACAUACUCCAUCUCGAAAUUGGAUAAGAUGGCCAUUCCUGACUUUGGUACUGGUGCCAUGGAGAACUGGGGUCUUAUCACCUACAGGGAAACCAACUUGCUUUAUGAUGAAAACCAGUCAUCCUCUUACAACAAGCAGCGAGUUGCCAGUGUCAUCGCACAUGAACUGGUUCACCAGUGGUUUGGGAAUAUUGUAACUAUGGAUUGGUGGGAUGACCUGUGGCUCAAUGAGGGCUUUGCCAGCUUCUUUGAGUACAUCGGAGUGGAAUUAGCGGAACCAACCUGGGGCAUGCGAGACAUCAUGAUCAUCAGUGAUGUGCUUCCUGUCAUGGUGGAUGACGCUCUGCUGUCCUCUCAUCCGAUCAUUGUAGAUGUGUCAACCCCAGCUGAAAUCACCUCUGUGUUUGAUGCCAUCUCAUACAGCAAGGGAGCAUCUAUUCUCAGGAUGCUGGAGGACUGGAUGGGCAGAGAUGUGUUCAGAGAUGGUUGUCAAAAAUAUUUGAAAGACUUCUAUUUCAAGAAUGCCAAAACGAGCGACUUCUGGGCAUCUCUUGCCAGUGUGAGUGGGUUGCCGAUUGCAGAAGUCAUGGAUACAUGGACCAAACAGAUGGGUUAUCCUGUGCUGGACUUGUCUGUCUCUGAUACAGAUGCCAGACUGAGCCAAAAGCGUUUCCUCUUGGACCCUAAAGCUGAUACUAGCCAGCCUCCUUCAGAUCUUGGGUACAAGUGGACAAUUCCAGUCCAAUGGCAUUCUCUUCAAAGUGACAAAAACAUGUCGCUUAUGUUUGACAAAAACACCGCAGAGCAAACCAUCACCGGUUACUCACCAUUAGCGGAUGGGCUGCUAAAGGUUAACGAUGAUCAUAUUGGAUUCUACAGAGUCAACCAUGAUGACCGCAUGUGGACUGCUAUUAGUCAACAGCUUCAAACCAACCAUUUGGAGUUUGAUGCAGCUGAUCGCACAAGCUAUAUCGAUGAUGUUUUUGCUCUUGCAAGAGCGGACAUUAUAGAUUACGGUCAUGCCUUCAACCUUACUAAGUACCUGACAAGUGAGACGGAGUAUAUAGUCUGGGACCGUGUGGAUGCCUCCAUUGCCUAUGUCCGGAACAUGUUGUCUAGCAAUGCUCUACUCUAUCCAAGGUUUCAGCAACUGUUUCGUGACCAUGUUAAAGCAAUCGCAACACAGCUUGGAUGGGAGGAUAAAGGAACACAGACAGAGAGGUUACUAAGGGAGACAGUGCUUGGCAUCGCUUGUCAGAUGGGAGAUCAGGAUGCUCUGAACGAAGCUUCUCGGAUUUUUGACCAGUGGAUCAGUGGAAGUCUUAGCAGCGUAGCAGUCAACCUGAGAUUACUGGUAUAUCAAUACGGCAUGAAGAAUUCAGGCAAUGAAGAAAAGUGGAACAUAAUGUUCCAGAGGUAUAAAGAGACGUCUUUGGCCCAAGAGAAGGACAAGCUGCUGUAUGGACUGGCGUCUGUGGAAAAUGUGAAGCUUCUUAAUAGGCUCCUGGAGGCUACAAAAGAUGAGAGCGUAGUGAGGAGUCAGGAUUUGUUUACUUUGGUCCAAUACGUAUCCUAUAACCCACUUGGCCAAAGCAUGGCCUGGGAGUGGAGUACACUCAACUGGGACUAUCUGGUAAACAGGUACACCAUCGAUGACAGGAACCUUGGUCGCCUACUGAAUAGAAUUACCACCAGAUGCAACACAGAGCUCCAGUUAUGGAAGAUGGAGCAUUUCUUCAGCCUAACUCCAAAUGCUGGUGCUGGUGAGAUGCCCAGGAAGCAGGCACUUGAGACAGUGAGGAACAAUAUCGAAUGGAUUGGGAGGAAUGAAAAUGAGAUCAAGGAGUGGCUGGACAGUAACAUUGCCUGAUGGAAAACUGUUGCUGUAAAGAACUCGAGCACCCACAACACUUUGUUGAAACCGGCACUUUGUAAUGACACAAUUCGGUGAUUUGUCUUUGAUUUUAGCAGGGACCUACUAAUCCGAGGGUUCUUCUGAUUUUCAUCAAUCAAUCAAUCAAGGCUUUAUUUGUCACAUGCAGGUUGCCCUGCGGUGAAAUGGGACCCCCCCCCCCCGACCUUACAUACACACACAGACAUUACAUGGGAUACAAGUCGGAGAUUGGUAGCGUUGGAGAAGAAAAACAUUGAAAUGUACAUUACAACAGGAAAGUACAAGAGGAAAAAAAGAGACCCCUUCUCAUGCUGUGCCUCCGUGGUGGAACAGCAUGGGAACAGGAAACAAAAAAAACUCCUCUGCACAAAAAGCACAUGAAUGUCCACAGCACAACAUUGUGAAGACAUAACAAGCCACACAGUAGGGUGAUGGGUCAGCAGUAAUCUGAAGCGAACCCAGCAGCCGCCUCGCACGUCGCUAUCUUAUCCAGCGCCACACGUAGACCCGCCGUGCUCCCCCAGAGGAAACAAGAGUGGAAGGCGUUUGGACAGGGAGGGGGGUGAUUGUCUGCAUAUCAGUGUAAGUGUAUGUGUUUGCGUGUCCAUAGUUCAGCGGAGACAGUGUCCUUCGCCCUACCAGGCUAAGUGAACAGUCUACCAGCCAACCCAGGUGGCCUUGCAUGGAAUGGGAAGGAACAGUCUAAACACAGUCGUUAUCAGGGAUUGUCUUGUUCGGCUCCAGCCUUGAGCCCGCAGCUGGCGCCGGAGGGGUAGCCGCAUUAAGAUGGCGAUUUCUUUCCAACAACUCAUGAGAAUUUCGAGCUGUUUUUGCUUUAGCACACCGACACUGAUCUCUCCAUCUCCCGUUGGAUAGUCGCCAGUUUCUCCAUGAUGUUGUUUACCUUCAAGUCCGUGGUCUUGUCAAUCCUUUGCUCACAGAGCAGAUUCUGAGACCUCACGACCGCAGCCAACUGAUCCGUGAUGUAUUCCAGCUUCCGCCCAUAGUUGUUGAUUUGAGCUGAUUCUUCCCUGAUGUGACCCAGUAUCCGCUCAGAGAUGUUAUUCUGAGUAUUCACUGCAGCCGCAAUAGCCUCCAAGCUCUUGACCAUGUCCCCGUCUGUGAGCCCUUUCUGAGAAACCGCACCUUGUCCCGUCAAUUCAAUCUCAGCGGGCAGCUUUGUGGGGGUUUGAGCAGCCGGUUCCGCUGUCUUAAUUCUCCGAUAAGCCAGGGCCAAGCCAGCUCCGAUCAGCAAGAACCCUGUUAUCAUGGUUCCGAAUAGGUAGAUAUCUUCAGCGUCCUCGAUCGACAGUCCCGCCAGGCACACGAUCCUCCAUUUCUGCCACCCGUCCAUCGUGUAUCCAGCAGGGAAAGUCCCUCCAGGGCACUCAGGCUCUCCCGAGCCCAAACUUCUCGUUGAGAAGAGGGUGUCAAUAGCAUUCAGAGACCAGUUGAUCAAAUCCAUAGUUCUCUUUAGGUUUUAGACACAGACUGUGAGAGAGUGUUCCAGGGAAGUAAGAAGGAAAACACGAGACAAGACAAGGACAUAAGCGGCUAAGCAGGGAAGAUAGGGGAAGGAGGAGAGGAGAAAAGUGCGACCGCCUUCGCUGAGAGCCAAACGAGUAAAAACAACACGACAGUCUAAAACAACCACCCAAAUUCUGAGGUUCUGUCACUUGCUACCAGUAUGCCUGUAUUGUAUACACACCAAAUUAACUUGGAAAAGAAAUUGGAAUCAAUUUGCUUUCAGCAAUUGACAAAUGUCAGUUUACAAUAUGUAAAUGAUAUGUAAAUGAACAUGUGGAAACUGUCUUCUAUCACUGUGAAUAUGCAUUAUUCUUUCCUCAAAAACCCACACACAUUCUAAAAUUUCUUUGAACCACCUUUAACUUUGAAGUUGGCCUUUUAAUAAACAUAUGCAAUGUUUCACACACAUGUAUUACCAUUGUCAAGAAGAUUAAAAUCCACUGGCUUAUCUCCAUCCAAGAGGAGAAUAAAGGACUUAACAUAAAGAGUUUAUAUAGUGAAAGUAAUACAGAGUGUUAUAUCAGAGUAUUUCUUUAUGUGUAUAUCUGUAAAUAGUUAAUCAUGUAUAAUUCUCAUCGAACAUAAAUGAGUAUAACAGCAGCUGUUAAGAAGAUUUGGGGUUCUUUCUAUAGUUUCACACAAAUAGAGCAGCAUCAUCACUUUGGAGUUCACAGGUGGAAAUUUCAGUGAAAAGCACCAGAGGAUUAACCAUUGCCCAAUUUUUGUGGAUAUACAAAUUGGAAUGAUAAUUUUUGGCUAUUUCUCUGCUCAUUUUUGCUGUGUUAGAUUAUAGGAUCAAAGAAGUUGGAGGACUUUGUACCGAGACAGUGCUUCCCCUUUUGGACUUUGUCAGCAUGGGAUGGAAAUCAGUGCAUCAGUGUCCUGGGUGUAUCUGUUCUCCUUUCUCUCAUUCAGCUCAAGAUUGGUAUCAGAAAUCAGCUUUAGUUUAGAAUAGGUUAGUUAGAUUAGGAUGAAAUUCAUGACCGAUUAUUACCAUUUGAUAAAGCUUUGCCUUGUCCUUGCAAAAUUGCUCAAAUAAAAUGCCCUGCAUUCAAGUCUAAACUGAAGACAUUCCCUUUUUAAUUCUUUAUGAAACAGUAAACAAGUAAGCAUCAUAGAGGAAGCAAAACUGUGUAAACUGUCACAUUGAUUUAAGUGUGAGAUGAACAAAUGCUUUUUAGUGGACGAAUGUCAGCCGGCUUUUAUAAAAGGAAGAAAUAUACACAAUCACAUUAGAUUGAUUCUUGAUAUGCUUAAUCAACUAAUAAAGACAGAAAGCUUA